AUGUCAUUUGAACGUCUGAUUCGGUUCGUCGAUGACGAGGGAAGGACAUCAUACGGCGAUUUGGAUAAGGUUCUAGCGGCCAAAGAAAUUAUUGGGAUUCAAGUCAACGUUGUUGUGGGGAGCUUAAAAUACGGCUUCACGAAGACGAAUGAGAGUCGCACCGUCAAAAAGCCCCCAAUGGUUGUUUCUAAGACUGUAAGAGUCGCUGACAUGUCAGGAAAGUUCGUCAUUCCGACCAAACCCGUCAUUUUCAUGACCCCAGCUGAGAGACUAGCUGGGCCACUCGACGAUAUCAUUGCUCACGAGGAUGCGCAAUUUAUGCUGGACUACGAAGGGGAGCUAGCCUUUGUCUUGUCCAAAGACGCAAAGGAUGUGAAGGAAGAGGAUGCCCUCGACUAUGUUCUAGGGUAUACUGUCAGCAACGAUGUUUCCGCAAGAAGCUUGGUUCCUGUGGAAAUCUCUGGAAAUCAGAUGGGCUAUUCGAAGUCCUUUGAUACUUUCGGCCCCAUCGGCCCUUGCAUCACGUCGGCAAGGCUAAUUCCCGACCCUCAAACACUGCACAUGGUGACAAAGGUCAACGGCGGAAAGAGGCAGGACACUCAGACUGCUGAAAUGAUCUUUGGCGUUAAAAAGCUGAUCGCUUAUGCGUCAAAGAACCGUACCCUGAAGCAAGGGACAGUCGUCAUGACUGGCACACCCAAUGGUGUCGGCUGGUUUUCCAAUGGCUUGCUUACUCAUGGAGACAUAGUUGACGUUGAGAUCAGCGAAAUUGGAUCUAUUUCCAACAAGGUUGUGUUCAAGUAA